ACUUUUGAUUGCAUAGUAAAUAUUUUGUUACAAUCCAACUCCUUACAACACUGAGAAAUGUUUUCCAUGUCUGAUGCCUGUCUAAAGUGAUUGUUUGGCCUUUGUAAUAGUUUCAUAUGUAAAACCAAGAGGCUUAAGGCUGGUUGUUUCAGUGCUUUUUUUUAUGGUUUAAAAACACAAAGAUUUACGUAUUUGUGCCAGUGCUUCAGCCAUUACCACCCCAUAAUGAAGACUUUUUGUCAUAUCCAUUUUCAUACAACAGUGCCAACCAGUUAUUUGAUGGUUCAGACUUUUUCUGUUUACACAACCAUCUCUGCACGCUGUAGCUAGUCAGAGUUAGAUGAGGCUCAGUGGAGUUUGGCAUUAAAAAACAGGCGUGAAAGACUUCUGUCUCUCACACCAUUCGAUCAAAGGCAGUGCGUUUGGAACAGGAUGGACCUGGGUGGACAUCAUCUACAUUACAUAUGGAUAUCACCAUCUCACAUCUUAGAACAGAGUCAGAAUGUUUGUUAAUAUUUCACUGGAAUUAAACGGAAAUCAUGUAAGGGGUUUCAGGACAGCGGGGCGCUUCUGUCAGAAUCAGGGGUGGCUCUGUAUGCAAGGUCAUGCAUGGUCAAUAUUCUUCUUCAUGCACCCUCUAUAACUGCAUGUGGUAUUGCAUGGGGAUUGCACUGUAAACAAACUAGCAUAUACAUUUGCAAGACAAAUUUUGUUCUCUCUUUCCUUUCUCUUAGUACAUGUACAUAAUGUUUACUUAAACGUUAUUCUUGUACUGUGUCACAUAAUGUAAUCCACAGACGGUGAUGAUGAUAAUGUGACGAGAGCAUCAUAAGGCAGAUAUUUAGUAUAAUAUGCAGCACAGAAGUAAUCAGUAAAGGGAAUACUUGAAUACUAAUCAACGCAGCCUAUAAGAAUCUGGGCAGUGCAAAUAAACAUUAAUCCCACGAGCAUCUUGCGUUAUAUGCGUACCAUUGUCUUUAAUUUAUUAAUCCGAGAGAGGCAGACGUACAACGGAGCAGAUGCUGUGGUGACAGAGAGCAUGGUGCUGCUGUCGCGUAGUCAUACUGGUGUUGGUGUUUCUGUUCUGAAUGUUGUGUGGAGGAGAGAUGCGAGUAGGUGGAGUGUUUAGUGACAUUCUAUGAAUGUAUUGGAGGAACGAAAAAUAUUUGUCAUUUGCAUUUUCAUUUGUUCUUUACAAUAAAUACCAAAUUAACUCGUGAUGUGUGUCAUUUGGGUUCUAACACGUUGAAGCUUAAAGCACAAAACUGAUGAGCCUCUAAUGUCUUAAAUAUGAGUUCUGUUAUGCUGCCAAGAGAUCAUAAUGUAAUUCGUCUCACCAUUAUUUGAAGACAUAAUUGUCUGUUUUCAUUUUGCUCACAAGAUCCCAUUUGCCUUUAUAAAGCAGUUUACAGAUUUUUUUUUUAAGUCAAUAAAUAUGAAGAGCUAAUUUUUCUUCGUUAAUUGCAUGGCUGACUUUUCACUUCAACCCCUAAAUGAUUCGUAUAUCAGUUACUCACCCUGUGUUAGGUUGAAUUCAUCAGGAAAACUUUGUGUUUCCGGCAUGUCUCAGCUGAACGAAGAAUCCAAAAAGUCAUAAGGGUCCAUAACAGCAAAACUAAAUCACAACAUCUGUGUCCAAACACUCACGCAAGUCGUGCAGUAUAAUCCAAGUUUACCGCUGCCUCGAUCAGUUAGUUUCUUUGUGAUAUUGUGUGACUUUAGGCAUUUAAAGGGUUCGUUUGGAAGUUCAAAGUGACACAUUAACACAAAUAUACGACUGAUUGAGGCUGCGGUAGACCUGUGUGUUCAGAGAAUUGUUUUAUCAGUAGGGUCAGGCUGUGAAAAUCAUUACAAGCACUGAUAAGAUUUACUCUCAGUUUAGUUUGCCAUCAGAACAGGCUGUCAGUUUGGGAAGCACUGAGGAUACGACUGGAUGAAUGAGACUUGGAUUACACUGCUAGAGUUGUGUGAGAGUUUGUUGUCAGGUGUUUUGAUAUAGUUUUGCUGUUUCCUCCAUUUUGGGGUUUUUCAUUCACAAGUUUUCUUCACAAAUUCAACAAAACACGAUGAGUCAACACGUCCUCUGCCAACCCCCCCAUGAAGACCUUUAAAGGGAGUGGCUCUCCUUGUGCCGGCUGCACUGUUUCUCCAGACACCUCCGCGUGUUGGUCACUCCGCUCCAGGCAAACAUGACACCAGAGUUUUCCAAGAACGCAGUGGAGAGCCCGGAGCCAUGCAAGGCAGAUGUAAAAGGGAAUAUCCCCGGCUGGCUGCAAGGCACGCUCCUGCGCAACGGCCCCGGCAUCUUCUCCGUGGGUGACACCAGCUACGACCACUGGUUUGAUGGGAUGGCCCUCAUGAACAGCUUCGCCUUUAAAGAUGGUGAAAUGACCUACAGAAGCAGAUUCCUCAAGAGUGACACCUACAAGUCUAACAUGGCUGCAAACAGGAUAGUUGUAUCUGAAAUGGGCACAAUGGCCUACCCAGACCCCAGCAAGAACUUUGUUGUCAAGGCGAUCACCUUUCUCAACCACACAGUGCCCGACUUCACUGACAACGGUGCAAGCAAUUUUAUUAAAUACGGAAACGACUAUUACGCCACCUCUGAAACCAACUACAUCCGCAAGAUUGAUCCAGUGACGCUGGAAACGCAGGAUAAGGUGGACUACAUGAAGUACCUGCCGGUGAACUUGGCUUCAUCCCAUCCACACUACGACAAAGAGGGCAACGCCUACAACAUCGGAACUUCAGUAGCGGAGAAGGGCAAGACUAAAUACAUACUGUUCAAAGUCCCUGUUGUUCCAGAGAAAGACAAAGGCAAGAACGCCCCUGCGCUGAAGAAUGUGGAGGUGAUCUGCACGCUUCCCUGCCGCUCCCUGCUCACACCCAGCUACUACCAUAGCUUCGGCAUCACGGACAACUAUCUCAUCUUCAUCGAGCAGCCUUUAAAACUGGACAUCCUCAAGAUGGCCACUGCGUACAUGAGGGGAGUCAACUGGGCGAGCUGCCUGAAGUACAGCCCUGAGGAAAAUUGUCUGAUCCACCUGAUAGACAGAAAGACCGGCAAAGAAGUCGAGACAAAGUACUUCACCGAAUCAAUGAUCGUCUACCAUCACGUGAACGCUUUUGAGGACGACGGUCACGUGAUCUUCGAUGUCAUCGCCUACAAAGACAACAGCCUUUAUGACAUGUUCUACUUUAGCAAACUGAAGGAAAAAGCCGGGUCUCACGACGAAAGCUACUCCAAGCCAAGCUACAAACGAUUUGCACUUCCGGUCCAGCCGGACAAGAGCAUGGCGGUCGGAGAGAACCUGGUGAAACUCAAAUACACAACAGCCAGUGCUGUGAAGGAGAAAGAAGGCAAACUAGUGUGCCAGGCAGAGGUGCUCUGUGAAGGUCUCGACCUACCCAGGAUAAAUUAUGAUGUCAACGGCAAGAGACACCGGUUCAUCUACUGCAGCUGCGUGGAGAAGUCUGCACUGGCUAAAGAGAUUGCAAAGUUUGACACAGAAACCAAGGAAAGGAUUUGCUGGAGUGAGGACAACUGCUGGCCGUCAGAGCCUGUGUUCGUCCCCAGACCUAAUGGAGAGUCGGAGGAUGAUGGUAUGGUCUUAUCAGCAAUUAACAACUGCAACCCAGGCCAGUCGAGCUUCAUGCUGAUUCUGGAUGGCAGAACAUUCAAAGAGGUCGCUCGGGCAUAUGUGAAGGCUGAGCUCCCCCAGUCUAUGCAUGGGUUUUUUAUCCCACAAGGAAAUUAGUCAGUUGUGUAUAACUGCCUUUGGAGAACUUCUAAAAACCGUACUGUAAGGCGCAGGUAUCUAUUGGAACACACACACUGCUGAACAGUGUUGUAUUUUAGGCAAAAGUAUGGUGAGGAUGUACAUGGCUUCAUGGACUACCUCUGUAAAAUGAUAGGGACCAUAUUGAAACUAAUUUUUAUCGCUUUGUUUAUUAGUAAAGAUGCGGAUUUAUCGAUUUUGUGUGAAUCUAAGUGCCACUUAAAGGUAUACCAUGCAGGAAUUGUCAGUUACUGUUUGUAGACAGUAUCACCAAUCCCAAGCUUUGUCCGCUUGGCGUUUUCACCACGCUACA